GUACCGACUUGUUGCGCGUAGACAACGGAAACGAGCGAGAGCAGAGAAGCGAAGGUGGCAGAGAGCUUCAUGGCGAAAAUGCAAAAAGGACUGUCUUAGGCUUUUACCAAGUGUCUUGGGAGGUGAGUGAACAAGAGACUUGGCGACUUGGAGGGGAUUUUAUAGGCGGCAAAAGGUAUGAUGGAAGGCGAGCACCCGGAGAAUAA